CCUCCAGCCUCUCUUCCCGCUGCGUGGGUGCCAUGGCAACGGAGAGAGCGGGCGACCUGGGUUCCGGAAGCCGGAGAGCUAAAGCUUGGAAGCUACCCCGGUCAAAGGAUGCUGAGUCCGGAGCGCCUAGCCCUACCGGACUACGAUUAUCUGGCUCAGCGACAUGUCCUCACGUACAUGGAGGAUGCAGUGUGCCAGCUGCUAGAGAAUAAGGAAGAUAUUAGCCAACAUGGCAUUGCCAGGUUCUUCACUGAAUAUUUUAACAGUGUAUGUCAGGGCACUCACAUUCUCUUUCGUGAAUUCAGCUUCAUCCAAGCCACCCCUCACAACAGAGCAUCUUUCUUACGGGCCUUCUGGAGAUGCUUCCGAACUGUGGGCAAAAAUGGCGAUUUGCUGACCAUGAAAGAAUAUCACUGUUUGCUGCAAUUACUGUGCCCAGAUUUCCCGCUGGAGCUCACUCAGAAAGCAGCCAGGAUUGUCCUCAUGGAUGAUGCCAUGGACUGCUUGAUGUCUUUUUCAGAUUUCCUUUUUGCCUUCCAGAUCCAGUUUUACUACUCAGAGUUCCUGGAGAGUGUGGCUGCCAUCUAUCAGGACCUCCUGUCAGGCAAGAACCCCAACACGGUGAUUGUGCCGACGUCAUCCAGCGGGCAGCACCGCCAGCGGCCUGCCGUGGGUGAGGCCAGCAUGCCAGAGGGGGUCGAGGCGUCCCUGUUCUACCAGUGCCUGGAGAACUUGUGUGACCGGCACAAGUACAGCUGCCCACCCCCAGCACUCAUCAAAGAGGUCCUAAGCAACGUUCAGAGACUGACCUUCUAUGGAUUCCUUAUGGCUCUCUCCAAGCAUCAUGGAAUCAACCAAGCCCUAGGAGCUUUGCCUGACAAAGCGGACCUGAUGCAUGACCCAGCCAUGGAUGAGGAGCUGGAACGGCUGCUGGCCCAGAUCCCAGGCCUCGUCAACUCAGUCACUGCCAGUGCAGAGGCCAGCUGCCUGCCUUCUCGGACUCCUCACCGGGUUGGCUUUUCCUGGAGAUCCCUCCAUCAUGCCCGCAAAGUGGAUGCAGAGAGUGAUGGCUCCACAGAAGAGACAGACGAGUCCGAGACUUGAGUCUGAAGGGUGCUGUCUACAACACCCUGUACCCAGCUCCCACCCAGCCCUUGGGACUCCUGCCCAAUCUUCUCUCCCGCCCAAGCCAUGCUGCCCUCUGCUGGUGAAAUGCUGAAUAACAGCCCCAGCCUAAGACCUGCCCCAGGGGUUCUGAUACCAGCCAACCCCAAGCAGUGACCCAAGAAAGCCAACAGCCUACUCUCCCUGUCCCUGUCAGCCUUUGCGCUUUAGUCCGACCCCAAGCUGACAGCAGAUUGAACUUGGCAUUAGCCUUUUGCUGAUGGUCCCCACAUGAGGUUCAUCUCCUCACAGCAACUCCAGGAAGGGGGAAGACCAUCAAUAGCCAUGGAGGGCCUUGCAUGCUCAGGUGAUACCAGUGGUGCCAGUAUUGGGAGGACAUGAUCACAGUGGCCUUCUGCUGGAGGAAUAGCCACUGGUCAUAGGAUGAAGGGUGGGCAAGUAGGACAUUUCAUUUUCAAAAACUGCUUCAAGUCUCCUGUUAAAUGUGAAAUGAAUAAAGUCCCUUGCGUCUGGUAA